AUGAGUAAGGCUCCAUUACACAUUGAUGGUAGAUUCAGGCUGGAAAAUAUUUUGGGAUCAGGUUCAUAUGCUGUCGUGUACCGUGCACAAAACUUCCUUCAUGAUGAUAUCGUUGCCAUCAAACUCGAACCGGUCACCAAUAAUCCACCUUCUCUCGAGCAUGAACACCACAUUCUCAAGCAACUCGAAGGUGGAGUUGGGAUCCCCCGUGUCCUUUGGUUUGGCAGGGAGUCAACACACUAUGCCUUGGCUCUUGACCUCCUUGGUCGCUCGCUGCAUGAUCUUUUCCUCAUGUGCAACCGGAAAUUCAGACUUCAAACUGUUGUAAACUUAGGGGACCAGCUGCUGUCACGUCUGGAGUACAUUCACUCACAUGGUUAUAUUCAUGGCGAUGUCAAACCGCAAAACGCUAUGAUAGAUAUUUCGGAAAAAACUGUCUAUAUUAUUGAUUUUGGUAUCAUGAAGAGAUACUGGAAUUCCUCAACCACAUCCCACAUCCCAUUUCGUCGAGGUCGCCGUGAUGAUCUUGAAUCACUUGCCUAUAUGCUGAUAUAUUUCCUGUGUGGCUCCCUACUGUGGUUAAAUAGUGACCACGAGAAGCUUUCUGACUCCUUUAUACUCGAGCACAAAGUAGAUACCGCCAUUGUGGAUUUAUGUGAGGGAAUUCCUCCUGCAUUUGCAAAUAUCCUUGUCUACUCGCGCUCUCUCUCAUUCUCAGAAGAUCCCGAUUAUGACUAUCUAUGUUCUUUACUGCACGAUCUUCGCACUGCAGGGCCUGCACCAGCUACACAUUCCCUGGAUUUUGAUUAUCCGAUCCCACCUUCUCAAAACCCUGAACUCUCUGAAUUGGUGCCCACAUGUCUGCUGAAAGCAACGCCCCUUCAUAGAUCAACUCGUGUGUAA